UGGAAAUACAAAGAUGUACAUAAAUUAAUCUCAUAUUCCAGUAAAGGUGCUGUUUGGUAGCGAUUCCUACAAAAAGGAGUGUUUGUGAAGCCAUGUUUUCCAAAGAAGUUCUAAGUCUCAUUGUAAUUUUAGAAGCCUCCACGUUCGCCACAGCCUUCAAGAAUGACACGGUCUUCCCGCCCAUAAUCCAAGGUGAUUGGUUCAGCUGGGAAGAUGGGCGGGGCAUCGACACCGAAAUCUUCCAGAACGAGAUAAGUGGGCGGGGCAAACCUGUGGAUCGGCGUAUGAUUCGUCGAGAUAUGUUUGAAUACGUCUUCGCCCACCAAUCAGGAUGCUACAUCUGUUCCCGGUUCCUCAUCAGGUCUUGGAAUGUUUUGGAAAGAUCAGACAGUUUCUGCAUCACGCCCGAACCCCGCAACAGCGCGCCCACGGUAUCCAGCAUCUGCAGGUGGCUGGACAACCGGACAGAGGGAUAUGUGAUGUUCAGACAGGAUCCCUCGCCCAUCAACUGCCGCCCGUCAGUCCAUGGGCUGUUUCACUUCGCUUGGCAGAACCGGUUUAGUUUCACAGGGGAAUGCAACCAUCCUGGGGCCCUCCUUCGCUCGUGUCAGGAACCGGGCUCCCAGUUCCUCAUCUCCAACCAGAAGUUUGCCAUUAACUACAAGAAGUGCCCGGGUAUUGGGGAAUCUUUUGAUGGACGAGUCGAAUUCUCGUGCCUCGGAAACUGGUACGUCGGGAAGAACCACUACUUCGCCGUCGUCAACACGAAGGAGUCCCGGAAGGAGGAGAAAUACAGGUGCUUCGUCAGGAACCGCGAGGACGACCUUUACCUCGGACACUCCCUUACUCCGGAGUGCUCUGUGCUGAAGACGCCGGAAAACAGUCCCGUUCGAUUCAGACUUUCCUAUGCCAAGCACGAGGACGUGACUCCGGGCUGUCAUCUGCCUCGAAACGUGACAGGAAAGUGGAUCUCAACAGGCUCGGGCGAACCAGAAGUGACCAUCAACUCCACACACAUUUCGGAGUCCACGUGGAGGGGUUAUAGCAUGAAGACGGCGCAUUACGUGUGUCUGCAGCAAAGGGGAAAUCGUUAUCUCAUGGCAAAGCUAAGCGUCGAGGGGUGGUCUCUAUGUGUGGUUUAA